AUGGCUGUUGCCACCGGACACGUAGCAGCCACUGGCGGCAGUCACAAACAAUGCAAUGCGCUCUUGGUGGCUGAAGUAGAUAAGAUUUGGCGAUCUGAGAGCGUUGUCAAGAUUCCGACUGGUCCAACAGCGGAUAUCCUUUCCUAUGCCUUCGCCUGUCUUGGUCAGUACGAUGAGGACAAGCCUAUCUUUGUUGAUGCCUUAAACGCGUCAAAUACCUUCUCCGCCCGAGAGGCUCGAGCUACGGUUCGCAAGCUCAUUGCAGGUCUCAAGGCGCACGGCCUGCAAGAGGGAGACUGCGUCUGGCUCCAUGCAUUCAAUACUAUCUGGUAUCCACUCAUAUGGCUGGCUGUCAUUGGCGCUGGCGGCAUCAUCUUCGGUACAAACCCAUCCGCCCCCAGAUCCGAGCUUCUUCACAAUCUGGGCACCACCCGUCCCAAGCUCCUUGUCACCGAAGUUGCCUCUUUGAACGUCGCAGAACAAGUCGCAGCAUCAUGUGGUAUCGCCGACGACCAAGUCUUCGUCCUGGCCAAGACCAGCCAGUCGGUUCCUGCUGGUCGGCUGUCUUUCUUAAAGCUCCUGAGUCAUGGUGAAUGUGGAUGGGAUGUGUCUACUGGCCACGAGAACUUGCUGGCUUCCAGAAUUGCGGCUUACUGCACCACAAGUGGUACGACUGGACUGCCAAAGGCAGCCAAGAUUCCGCACUCUUAUGUGGUUGCACAAGCCGCAAUGAUUGAACAGCGUCUCAAAUCCAGACCAUAUCAGCCAUCACAGCUGGUAUGCCUGCCUGUCUUCCACGCAUUUGCAGCACAGCUCGGUCUUGUACAACCUCUUCGACUGGGAAUCACCACCUACUUCCUCCCUCGGUUCGAUCUCGACAACUUCAUCGAAUCUGUUAGAACCUAUCAGAUCACCGAUGCGGCUAUAGUCCCGCCCAUCGUUACCGCUCUACUAAGACGACCUCACGCAGAUACAGGACUCAAGUCACUACGCUACGUACUUUGCGCGGGCGCUCCCAUCACUGCCGAACUCCAGGCUAAGCUGUACCAAUUCCUCCAUCCCGAUGCCACUGUCGGCCAGGUUUGGGGUGCAACAGAGCUAGGAUGGGUCACUAUGUUUGCUCCAGGUGAGAAAGACCAGUCUGGCAGCAUUGGUACCCUCCUGGCCAACGUCGAGCUGAAGUUGGAGGAUGUUGACGGUCGCCGCAUCUGUACGGACCUCGUCCACGGCGAGGCGCUUGUUCGCUCCCCAUGCUUUUUUUCGGACUAUCUUGACAACCCUGAGGCAAGUGCUUCUGCUUUUGAUGACGAUGGGUUCUACCGCACUGGCGAUCGCGUGUACGUUGAAGGGGACCAGCUCUACAUCGAUGGCCGUAUCAAAGAGACGAUGAAGGUCAAUGGCUGGCAGGUGUCGCCGACCGAGCUCGAGAAUGUCCUACUCCAACAUCCGAGCAUCGCGGAUGCUGCUGUUGUGGGCAUUUAUGCUAUCAACCAAGACGGUCUCGAAGUCACACGUCCACGUGCUUACGUGGUGCAGAGGUUGCCUGAAUCUUCCGCUGCACGCAGCGAGCUGACGGCUGAAGAUGUUGCAUCGUUCUUGGCAUCUCGAUUGGUCUCCUACAAGCGCUUGACAGGGGGCGUCGUCUUUGUUGCCGCGAUUCCACGAAACUCAACGGGCAAGAUUCUUCGCCGUCUUCUAUUGGCAAAGACGCCAGACGACACGUCAUAG